CACACACACACACUGUCCCGUCCUGCUCUCACACUCAGCUCAGACUGACAGCAGCGAGUGGAGACACACUGUGGGACAUGAGAUUUCACUGAGGAUUUUAGGACACUGCUUUAGUGGUGUGUGUCUCCGUUGAGUGAGUGAGUGUGUGUAGGUGUGUGUUUGUGUUAGUGAUGGCACUCCAGAUUACACUCAGAGCGUGUGUGUUCAUGUUGUUGCGGUCAUGUGUGUAUGGUUUUAACCUGGAGACCACCGACACACUGAGCAAAGAGGGAGAACACGGCAGCUUCUUCGGCUUCUCACUUGCUCUCCACACACAGACCACCCCCCAUCAGCAGAGCUGGAUCCUAGUUGGGGCACCGCGAGCUCGAGGUCUUGGUCACCUGCGUCACACUCACACAGGUGCACUGUAUCGCUGUCCAAUCACAGCUGAGGAGUUUGACUGUGAGCGAGUCGACAUCGAUGGAGAUGUGAGUUUGGACAGAGAGAGUAAAGACAAUCAGUGGCUCGGUGUGACAGUGAAGAGUCAGGGCAUCGGAGGAAAAGUUGUGACAUGUGCUCACCUAUACGAACUCCGCCAGCGAGUUAACCAGGCAUCUGAAACUCGUGAUCCGAUUGGCCGAUGCUACGUGCUGAGUGAAGACCUGAGUGAGAGAGAUGACCUGGAUGGAGGAGAAUGGAAGUUCUGUGAAGGUCGUCCUCAAGGUCACGAGCAGUUUGGCUUCUGUCAGCAGGGACUAGCAGCAAGCUUCACCCCCGAUAAUAACUACAUCCUGUUUGGAGCUCCAGGAACCUACAACUGGAAAGGUGAAAUGCAUGUUCAGCUGCUCAACCAGACAGUGUUGGAUUUGGGUUACUAUGACGACGGGCCAUAUGAAGUGGCAGACGAAAAACAGUUAAAUUCUGCGUUAAUUCCUCUUCCUUAUCACAGCUACCUGGGUUUUUCGGUGGAUUCUGCUAAAGGAGUGAUGCAGCACUCUGAGCUAACGUUUGUGGCUGGAGCACCUCGUGCCAAACACACUGGUGCUGUGGUGCUGCUGAAGAAGGACAGCGCAUACCGCCUGGUCCCUGAGUUCAUCCUGUGGGGGGAGGAGCUAGCGUCCUCAUUUGGAUACUCAGUCUCUACCACAGACCUUAAUCAGGAUGGGUGGACAGAUUUAAUUGUGGGAGCUCCGAACUUCUUUGACCGUAAGGCGGAGAUCGGGGGUGCGGUGUAUGUGUUCCUGAACCCUGCUGGUCACUGGAACGAGGCGCGGCCCAUCCGCCUCAACGGAACCUACGACUCCAUGUUCGGUAUGACGGUAAGCGCCGCGGGAGACCUCGACCGAGACGGCUAUGCAGAUUUUGCAGUUGGUGCUCCAUUUGAUGGACAGGGAAAAGUUUUUAUUUUCAGAGGUUCAGCUGAAGGACUCGAUACUAAACCAUCUCAGGUUCUAGAUGGAAUAAAUGCAGGAGUGUCUCGUUUCGGUUACUCUCUAUCUGGUGGUUUGGAUAUUGAUGGGAAUUUGUACCCGGACCUGGCGGUUGGGUCUCUCAGUGACCAGGUGGUUCUGUUCAGGUCACGGCCAGUGAUCCAUGUUAUAAGGGACAUUUUAGUGGAGCCUCAGCACAUCGACCUGACGCAGCACAACUGUAAGGGCCGAGAUGGAGUGUGUGUGGAGGUGAAGGCCUGUUACAGCUACAGAGCUCAGCCUGAGUCUUACUCACCUUAUAUCACACUUGGGGUUCAUUUUGAGGCCGACACUGAACGCAGAAAAUCUGGGCUGCAGCACAGAGUUCGCUUCCUGGGUCGAAGAUCAUCUGAGCCUGAAUACAUUCAUUCUGAAGAGCUUGAGCUGAGAGGCCAAAAUCACCCAGCCUGCCAGACUGCUACCUUCAUACUGCAGGAGAAUAUAAGAGAUAAACUGCGUCCAGUCUCACUUUCUAUCACACACACCAUAAAGAAGACACGACCGGAUGGACACAGUGGUGGUCACACACACCAGCGUUUGGGCCGUCUUACCCCUGUCCUGAGUCUUACUCCCCAUAACACACUCCACUCUGAGGUGAACUUCAUCAGAGAGGGCUGUGGUGAUGAUAACAUUUGUCAGAGUAACCUGAAACUGAGCUACAGAUUUGGGACACGGCCCCCAAUUUCAGAUCUCUUCACUGCUUUACCAAUAGGGGAGAAUGGUGUGCCUGUUUUUUCUCUUUCUGAUCAGAAGUCAGUGGUUUUGGAGGUGACGGUUACAAACAUGCCAUCUGACCCCAGCCACCCUGACGAUGAUGGAGAUGAUGCCCAUGCUGCUCAGCUCACACUCACACUGCCACACACACUCACCUACUCCGGGGUCAGGGGUCAGGUGGUUUGUGAGGCGAAUCAGAAUGGAUCUCAGGCGGAGUGUGAGCUUGGAAAUCCGCUGAAGAGAGAUGCUGUAUUGACGUUCUACAUUAUUUUAAGCACAUCAGGCAUCACUAUGGAAACCACAUCUUUAUCAGUCGACCUACUGAUGUCCACGAUCAGUGAGCAACUUCACCUGUCUCCUGUUACAGCUCUCGCUCGAGUAGUGAUCGACCUUCCUCUCACUGUCAGCGGGGUGUCUCGUCCUCAUCAGCUGUUCUUCAGUGGGAGUGUCCGAGGUGAGAGUGCAAUGGAGACACUGGAGCAAACAGGAAGUGAAGUGGAUAUCGAGUUCACAGUGUCUAACAGCGGUCAGUCUCUGCAGACAUUCGGCUCGUCGUUUCUCAACAUCAUGUGGCCUCAUGAGCUGGCGAAUAAAAAAUGGCUGCUUUACCCAACGAGUUUACACUCAGACCACCCACACACACACUGCACACACCACUCAGCACUCAACACACUCGGCCUCAAACACACAAUUCAUCACCACCACACACACACUCAGCACCUCAAGGUUCGGAGGACGCGCUCAUAUCCUGAGGAUGAAGAACAAAUGCAGAUGAAGAACAGCAUAAACCACAACACACCAGCUGUCGCUGCCAGUGAGAGACGUAAAUCCCUCAAACUGGACUGUGUGUUAGGUUCAGCGAGGUGUGUGGUGUUUCAGUGUGCGCUGCAGAAUUUCUCUGGCACUGUGAAGUUCACAGUUAAAGCUCGUCUCUGGAACAGCACAUUUAUAGAGGAGUUCUCGGCAGUCAGCGUGUUGGAGGUGUUGGUCAGAGCAAACAUCUCAGUGAAAUCUAGCAUUAAACAUCUGUUGCUGAGAGAUACUGCUGCACAGGUAUCAGUGAUGGUGUAUCCUGAGCUGAGUGUGUUGGAUCAGUCGUGGGUUCCAUGGUGGAUUAUCUUGAUUGCUGUAUUAGCUGGUGUGAUUGUUCUUGCACUGAUUGUCUGCAUCUUGUGGAAGUUUGGUUUUUUCAGGAGGUCCACACAUAAGGACAGUGUUCCUCAGUAUCAUGCAGUGAGAAUCCGGCAUCAGGAACGUUCUCACCUGCACCCUGAGCUCCAGCCCCAAAAACUCCUCAAACCUGAAAAAUCUCACAAAUCAAACAUGAAACAGUGGAGAACACGGUGGAGUGAUGGCACACACUGACAUGCCCACACACACACACACACACACACACACACACACACACACACACACACACACACAGAUUUACUUUAGCAUGUGCUAAUAAUCAAAUAAACAAUAAUAAACACACACAACAGCAUUAUAGUGGAGUCUUCAGGAGGCUGCCUGUGUCUUUAUGUCCCAUUUACAGAAUGUGUUUAUGGUCUAUAUAGGAAAUAUGGACAUAUCUUUGAUUUCAAAGAAGGAAACCAUGGUGUUGGGUGUGUAGAGAAUGUGGGUGUGUCUUUUAGUGUGAGACUGAGAAUGAGAGUAUUGAAAAAAGGCUUUUAUUAUCACACAUAUAUUAAAGCGGUGGUUCUCAAACUGGGGGUUGUGACCCUGUAGGGGGUCACAGAGUGAUUUCAAGGGGUCACAAGGAAGAAAGUGUCAAGAUAUUGUGAUUACAGUAAAUAUUUUUAAUGUUACAAAUAAUAGGACAAAUGCAUAUUUUCUUAUUUUAAAAAACAGAACUGAUUGGAGUAUUUUAAAAAAUAAUUAUAAGUAAUAUUUCUUCAGAUAAGACAUCACUGAGUGUCAACUAACAAAAUACAAAUACAAAAACACAACAUCACAUGUGGACGCCGUUACCACAAAAUUGAUAAAUGUUAGGUCCUGAUGGAUGAUGAAUUGUCUGUGUGAUGAGAGUCAUCUAAAUGGGGAAAGUGGAAUAAAGCCCUUGGCUGUGGCCCUGUGGCGAACCGAGCGUGAGCAGAAAAAACACAUGAGCUUUUACCGCACCUGAUGAUGAAUGAUGCAGAAACACAACAAGAAGGUGAUACGGCCAAAGACAUCAAGAGUCAAUUGAUAGAUGGAUCUCAAAAACAACUACAUCCAUCCUACUGAAAGGAUGGGGCAUAAAUUCAUUUGAUAAAAAAUAUUAUUUAUAGUACAAAAUAUUACAGUACAUCUUGUUAAAUGUUGUGAAUGGUUUAAAGCCAGUUUUUGUGUAUGUUUGUGUAUACGGUCUUAGUGCGAGUCGCGUGUUCUGGUUGAUCUUAAUGGAGAGGAAGUUUGAGACCCGCUGCAUUACAGCACAGUGAAAUGAUUUACUUUAUCCCAGCUUUGGUGAAGUGCGGCUCAGAGAUGUAGAUUACAGAUUACAGAUUACAGAAACAGGAUGAGUUUGUUUUCAGAUUUUUUUCUCAUGAAAUCACGUCAGAUUAUGAAGAUUUAUUGAGGUGUGUUUUUGUAUUUAAAAAUGAGUGAGACGGACACACCCACUUAUCUACAGACAAACUUUGCACAAAUGUGAGGAAAGAUUUAAUCUUCUGGAAAGCAGUAAUAAUGUAAUUGUGUUAAAGUCACACAAGGAAAAAAACCCUGAAAAAUAUAUUAAAACUGUAUAUCACAUCUGACAUUAGAUUCUGGCUGUGUUUACAUUUUAACAUAAAUGCUGUGUGUUCAAGGGUAACACACACUCACACAGACACACACGCAAACGCACACACACAGACACAGACAGACAGACAGACACACACACAGACACAGACAGACAGCCACGCACACACAGACAACACACACACAGACACACAAACACACACACAGACAAACACACAGACAGACAGACAAACACACAUACACACACAAACACACAUACACACACAAACACACACAGACAAACACACACACAGACAGACAAACACACACACAGAGACAAACAAACACAGACAGACAUAUAGACACACACAGACAAACACACACACUGUACCUUUUUUUAUUAGAUUAAUUUAAACACUGCUAUAACACACAUCCAUUACACACAUCUAACAUGAUAAAGGUACUUGAGCGUAUAUUAUAACACUUGAGAUUCUUCAGAUCUGUUGCUCCUUAGCAGACAAACAUGGGAAGAUUUUUACUCAUUAAAGGUUUGUGAAACAGCCAAAGUGUUUUUCAGGAAAUAAAUAGUGUCUAAGUUCCUGGUUUUGUUUCUCUGUUAAAUCAUUAUUUAAAUAUUCAAAUGUUCUCAUGUCUGAAUAUUUCAAUUUUUUUUUUAUGGAUUUUCACACUUGAAUCAUUAACUUUGAUUUGUUCUUUAAUUCUUUAUUGUAUAUGAAUCUAAAAAAGACAAGCUGCAGGUUUCAGAAGCUCUUAGUGUUUUAUUUCUCAUUUCUGUUGCAAGUGCCUUACAUGAGCAUCACUGACUCCAUCAUUCAGACGAGCUGAGUUUAUUUACUGGCUGUUUUAGACAAACGUAAAAAUAAAUAGUUAAAUAAAUAUCCAGUAAAGUUAGAUUUCUUUAGUUAGAGCAGCAAAACACAGCAUGUUGUAAUAAUUAAGGAACUAAACUCAAGAUGUUCAAUUGGUGCUGAUGUGAAUUAAAAGAUUUGACUCAA